GCCCUCUAUAGACUUACUGCUGCAUUAUUUAGUGCUGUGGUAUCAAAAAGAGGAAGAUGGCUCUCCAAUCUGGUGUUGAUGCAAAAGUCCUUAUUAUCGGAUGUGGGAUUUCAGGAGUCGGUGCUGCUCAAAAGUUAAUCAAACACGGGUUCCGAAAUGUCCGCAUUAUUGAAGCAACCUCAAGAAGCGGAGGAAGAAUUAAAACUGGCAGUCUGGAUGGAAAAAUUAUAGAAAUAGGUGCCAACUGGAUCCAUGGUCCUUCACAGGAGAACCCAGUUUUUCGCUUGGCCUCCCACUACCAUUUACUUGAUGAAGAGUGCUUAUCUGAAGAGAAUCAGUCAGUGGAAAUUGAUGGACUUCCACCUUUGUUUUCUUCCUGGCUUUCCAGCUCAGGCAAGAAGCUUGAGGCUGAUUUAAUGGCACCUGCCGUAGAAGUUUUCACGACUUUACUUAAGAAGUCUCAGGAGUUCUUCAAAACUAGCAGAACACCCAUGUCUAGUGUGGGGGAGUUUCUUAAAACAGAGGCUCUCCGGAUCAGCAAUGAAGAAUGGAAGGAAGACAAGGCCAGAAAGCUUAGACAGGCUCUGUUCAGCACACUGCUGAAGCUUGAGUGUGGGGUGAGUGGGACACACACAAUGGAUGAUGUGGACCUUACAACCUUCGGCAUGUAUAAGUCUCUUCCAGGGCUGGACUGCACUUUCCCAGGAGGCUAUGAAGGCUUAAUUAAUCACAUGAUGAAUGAACUGCCUAAGGAUAUUGUCUUAUUUAAUAAACCGGUUAAGUGCAUUCACUGGAACAGCAUCCACAGCCGGGCGAGCUCAAAAGGAAGAAGUUGUCCAGUUGCAGUUGAAUGCUUUAACGGAGAGACUUUUGAAGCAGAUCACAUCAUUCUUACCAUCCCACUGGGUUAUAUGCAGAAGCACCAUGACACUCUUCUGAAUCCGCCUCUACCCCAACACAAGUUGCACUCCAUGCAGAGACUGGGUUUUGGGACAAAUAAUAAAAUAUUCUUAGAGUUCGAGAAGCCGUUUUGGGAUGAAGAUUGUGAAGUUAUUUUCCUCAUAUGGGAAGAUGAAUAUGAUCUUCAGGAUCAUGUUUAUGAUAUGAAGACUGCCUGGAUCAGGAAGAUGUCUUGCUUUACUGUACUGAAACCCACAGAGAGGUACGGCCAUAUUAUUUGUGGCUGGAUUGCUGGGCAAGAAUCUGAAUAUAUGGAAACUCUGCCUGUAGAGGAGGUGCUGCACACAAUGACUAAGCUCCUUCACCGAUUUACAGGAAAUCCAACAAUUGCAAUAAAGAAGCUUGUACGCUCCCGAUGGUUCCAUGAUCCCUACACUUGCGGAUCUUACUCUUAUGUGGCAAGAGAUUGCUCUGGUCAAGAUAUCGAUAAUCUCGCAGAACCUCUUCCACUGAGGGGAUCAAAAGCUGAGCCCUUACAGGUGCUGUUUGCUGGAGAGGCCACUCACAAAUCUUUCUUUUCCACUGUCCAUGGCGCUUUGCUUACUGGCUGGAGAGAAGCAGACCGUCUCAUAUCACACUACAAUCCGUCAGCAAGGAAAAUCACAGCAAAUCUAUAAAGAGUGAACCGUGUGCUUGUUUUGAAGAGAUGCAAAUGAUAUACUGAUUUGGAUAUAUAGAAAAUCCAUCUUUUUUUGAACAUCACUUAAAAGAUUGAAAGCAGUUUUGCCACAAAAAAUAAUAGACCUCCCUGACAGAGAGCAGCCAAAUAAACAUAUCCAAAUGUCCAAACCAUUGGCUUAUACAAAUUAUAAAACUAUUUUUAAAAAAUCUGAGUUUCUGAACUCUGAAUGUUUAGAAACUGUUGGAAAUUCUGAACAGGCAAAAAAAGAUGAAUCAUUCACUGGUAAGACAUUACUUCCAAAUUAUCUAUAGUCUGUGAAUGGGUGUAUGUGUCGGGUUGGCACACCGUCCAGGGCACCUUCUACCCUGAGUUCCGUGGGAUAGAUCUCUGUGAAGGAUAAGCAGUAGAGAAAAUGAAUGGUAAAAUAUUGGUUUCAUUUAAAGAUGAAUUCACAUGUUCAGUUUAUUCAGAACACAGUGACAAGUAGGUGUCAACAGGUAAAUCUGUUUUUUAAUAAAUAAAAUAAUGCAAGCCAAGAUAAAUCUAUAAAUUUAUAGUCGUCAUUCAAUUCAAGAUUAAAUGCUGCAGUGUAAAAGGAGGAUGGUCCAUUCUGUGCCUAGCUAAAGUGGCAGAAGUUUAAGUGCAUACUGAGGCUGACUCAUGAGAGAACUCAUAUUUGGAUAUUGUCAGGAACAGCUGGACAGUUCCCUGCCGGGGGGGGGGGGGGGGUUCUCACACCUAAUUUACCUCUUCUGUAGUUUGUAGCCAGUUUGAACUUAUUUUGCUCUUUCGGCUCUCUGAGCUUUUACUUGAAGUUUUGUGGGUGUCACUAAAUGAGCUGUAGUGUGCAUUUGCACUUUGAGUAUUUAGCAUUUAUCAGCAUGGGCACUUGAGUACCAAGGAAAUCGGUACUUCUAAAACCAGGCUGAUUUUUUUUUUUUUUGCUGUACUAUAUGAUUGAUGAAGUCAGCACUGGAUGUCCUUGAAUUUGUGAAUUGUGAUGUAGUACUACAAGUAGUAAGACUUUUAAAUAAAAUGACUGAGUAGAGAUAAUUUUAGAUAUUUUUCUGUGGUUAAAACCUGUAUGGCUUUCUGGGAGAACUGAACCAUAACAUUAUUAAUUAUAUGAUUAAUAAAGAUUUUAUAUAUAUAUAUAUAUAUAUAUAUAUAUAUAUAUAUAUAUAUAUAUAUAUAUAUAUAUAUAUGAAGAAACAAUUAUUUAAUUCUAUCCUAAAAGUAAAGCUGUUGAAUGAUGUAUUUAACACAGCCUGUUGACAAAAUGAAUGUAACUGUGAAUUCUUCAAUCAUUUUUAAAACAAUUAUUAAAUGUCUAUUAUAAAGCAAAGGUUAUGUGAAAAAUUUGAAGUACACAAAUUUCUUCCUAUUCUGCAAUCAAGAGAUGUUGGUUUGCAUAUUGAGUUUUUCACUGGAGCUACACACAUUAUCUAGUAUAUUUGUCUAAUUUUGAUUCUUUGUGUAUGACCUUGAUUCACCUUCUGUGUGAUUUGUAUGUUAUGAGAAAGAUGUGAAAAGAGCUUAUCUCGCCUCCAUUUUCUCUUCUUCUCUUUAAUCCACAGCUUUAAAAACAAGUGAAUCCAAGAAAUAAAUUCUACUUGAAAUUCUA